AUGCUUAUCUUUUCAGAAAUUAAUCUUCAUUCGAACAAUACUGUUGCGAAUAAUUCAUCGUUAUCAAAUACAUUAGAAAAUAUUGAAAAUUCAACGAUUGCCAACACAUCAACGAAUAGUACAAUCGAAACUGUAGUUAAACCAUUAUUAGUAUCACACACAGCUAGUAAACCUGAAACGAAUGCAGCAGUAGCAUCAUUGAGAUCUAUCGUCAAUCAAAUGAAUUCUUAUCGUCAUAAUGAUAUACUCUUCCGUAUAAAACAUUGUGAUUCAAAUAUGAAACUUAGCGAUAUUUGUGAAACAUACACAGUCGAUAACACUACAAAUUUAUUGAUACGCCAAUCAAAUAUUGAUUUUCAAACAUUACAACAUGUUUCUAAUGUUCUUGUGGACCGAAUUGUUGUACAAAAACUAAGUCAACUUUGCUUGUCGACUGAUUCGUACUUGACGAAUUUAUCUGAAAGUAAUAUUCGCAUUACUCAUGAUAUUGUACGAGAACGGGGAAAUUCAUUUUGUUCGCUGCAACAAUGCCAUUCACGACUUCAAAUAUUUGUUGAAACAUGUCCCACACUUUCGAAUAAAAAUGUUAGCAUAACAACAUUAGAAUUGUUACCAAUGUUAUGUGCGCUUCAUAAUGAACAAAUUUGGAGUUCAGCUCAGUGUACAAAAGCAAUAGUCUAUCUUCUUCAUAUAGUUUACGCUUUUUGGGCUCAAGUUGAGCAAUGCCACAAUAAUAUUUCCAAUGGUUUUGAUGGCUGUACACCUGAAUGUCAAACACUAGAUAAUGUUUUGAACAAAGUGAAAACUCAGUGUGUCGGCGAUGGAUCUUUUUUAUCUCAAGUACCUGCUUUAGGUUUGUAUCAAUCGAUUAAUUUAAAAGAAAUAUGCCGCCACAACAAUAUUUUUAGAAGACCACAAUUCAUCUAUUCAGUAGAGAAGUUCUUCUCUUCAAAUCUAUUUUGGAAUCAAUUUCAUGGAAAACCUAUCUAUACUGUUUUAUUUAUGAUUGUAAUCGUUUUAAGUGUGUUCAGUUUUUCCUUAUGUUUUUAUUUUAUGUUGAAAAAUCGUUUCAAGUCAAAUAAACGACGACUAGGCAAUGAUAAUUAUGAAUAUACUCGAUUCCAUGAUUCAUCGUUUGAACUUGGAGCGAAUACUGAAAUUUCAAAUGCAAGUGCAGCAUCAAAUUCGACGAUGACAAGUAAUGAAAUCGAAUUUGGUGCAAAUGAUCGUUUUGAUUCUUUUGAAUAUCAUCGGUUAUUACGUGAAGAAUCAUGA